AUGGAAGAGGAUCAGGAGCUAGAGAGAAAAAUACAUGGAUUGAAGACCUCCAUGGCCGAAGGCGAGAGGAAGACUGCCCUGGAGAUGGUCCAGGCAGCAGGAACAGAUAGACACUGUGUGACAUUUGUCCUGCACGAAGAGGACCACACGCUAGGAAAUUCGCUCCGUUACAUGAUCAUGAAGAACCCGGAAGUGGAGUUCUGUGGUUACACUACGACCCAUCCUUCAGAGAGCAAGAUUAAUUUACGCAUUCAGACGCGAGGUGGUCUUCCGGCUAUUGAGCCUUUUCAGAGAGGCCUGAAUGAGCUCAUGACUGUCUGCCAGCAUGUGCUUAACAAGUUUGAGGCGAGCGUAAAGGACUAUAAGGACCAAAAAGCAAGCAGAAAUGAACCCACGUUCUAG